AUGGCGGCAAAGCAGUUCAAUCUUUUACUGAUUGCAGCCAUUUUAACGUUGACACAAUAUCAUGUUGAAUGUCGAAAGGACUGGCUUACUGAACUUCCUAAUAUCGAAAUCACCAAUGAACAGUUACAGAAUGAUCUUCUGAUCUACAGGCAAAUUGUAGUUUACUACAAGCAACCAGUACCAAGUAAUAUGGAUCAGACCCUCACUCGACAGUUUGAAGCCGAUUUUCGCGUUGUUGCAGAUGCCCUAGAGUAUCAUAAAGUCAAGAUCGCUAUUAUUAGUAAGUUAGGCAUGUCUCUAUACCCGUUUGAGAAGUGGAUGUCGUUGAUACGAAUCUUUAAUGUUUUCUUGGUUGGUCUAGCCGUUGCUUGUGCUAUCAAUAAUGUGUUAAGAAUGGCAUCCUCUGCGGAUAAGAUUUAA